AUGUCCGCUGUUCAAAAGCAAGAUUUAACCAUCUUCAGCGAUCAAUCAAUAAUCCCAAAGAAUUUAUGCUCAAAUGAAAGUCAUAACGUUAUGCUAUUGACCUCAACAGCUGCUACUCAACCAUUAUGGUUGAUAAACACUCUAGUGGAAUCAUCCAUCUAUGGUCAUUCUUAUUCAUUAAACUCAUCCGCAUCCUCCACCAACACAAUAAAUCAUAACAAACCAAUAAAUCCAACCUCUUCAUUAACCAUAGCAUCAUUUGCUCAUAAUAAAUCAUUCUACAAGAGUUCAUUCGAUAGAUUGAAAAUUAAUUCAAACUCAUAUAAAAUCUUGGACUUCUUAACAGAUUUUACAAUGAAUGAAACAUUAGGUAAACCUAAAGCUAAAAUUUUUGAAAAUCUUUUAAAAUUAUUCCCCAAUGAUACCACAUCAACUAUAAUAUUAGAACAACCAGAAAUCUUAUUCUCUUUAAUGGGUGAUCACUUGUCUGCAAAUGAACUUAUUGAAUCCUUUUUAAAACCAUUGAUUAAAAAGUGUGGUCUUCUUAUCAUCGUGACUUCCGUUGAAUUAUACAAACUAGAUUAUUCAAUGACUAAAGAUGUUACAGAAUUAAUUCGAUUCAUCUCAUUCUGUUUCCAUGUCAGUCUAACUGUCUUGAGUUUACAACCUUUACAAACUGGGAGAGCUAAAGAUAUUACUGGUUCUUUGAAGAUUACAAGAGGUGGUGCCACAUUAGAUCAUUUGAGUGGGAAGAUUCAUGUCAUUGAAAAUGAAUAUUUAUAUUUGAAUGAAAAGGACUCUACGAAGCUUUUCUAUUAG